AUGGAGAAUCGAAAUUCCUCUACCGAAUGGUGCACAAGCUCCGACUCAAUCGCCUCCACCCACACCACCAUCGAGCCAAUCGUCUCCUGACCUCCACCACCGCCACCUGGUUUACUGUCACCAGCCCCCACUCCACCACCAUCCGAGGUGAAGCAACGCAUAUCGGAAGUGUCCCCAACGAUUGAUGACAAUCGAAGAAGUUUUUUAGAGGAAAUUCAAAGAGUUGACAAAGCAAAGCUACGACAUGUUAACUUAUCGUCUAGAACAUUGACUAAUGGUGAUUCCAUGCCGGGUGAUGGUGGCCUAUUAUCAGCAAUACAAGCAGAGCUUGAUAAACGUAGAGAAUAUAUUGCAUUCGAUAGUGAAAAU